UUUAAUCGGUAUAUGAGCGCGACAUGGUGGAUUUGGAACAAACUCGGAUAUCUGUGUGGGUCUGCCGAGAUGAAAAGCUCUUGCUUGGUUUGUCAAAGCGCACAACCUGCGCUGAUGUGGUGAAAGCGCUUCUGGAGGACCAAAACUGUGCGCGCGGCCUCACCGCACCCACUGAGUGCGCACUGUCUUACUGCAUCGUGGAGAAAUGGAGAGGGUUCGAGAGGAUUCUGCCGAACGCCACCAGGAUGUUGCAGCUGUGGGCUGCGUGGGCAGAUGAGCAGAAGAACGUGAAGUUCGUGCUGGUGAAAAGCGACGCGUCUUUGGAGAGCCACGGACCGCGGAGCGCGGUGGCGCGCGUUUUGCCCAGCAAACACAGCCCGUGCGUCCUCAGAGGAGACUCUCAGCCUGCCCUGCAGGGUAUCAUCUCAGCCGAAACACGGCGCCGGAUCGUCAGAAAGGCCUUCAGAAAGCUGGAGAAGAUGAAUAAAAGCAGGGCGCGCGCGGCGCGCAAAGACGCGUCCUCCGCCGAAAAAAGGAUGGAGACUUUGGUUCAUCUCGUGAUUUCUCAGGAUCACACCAUCCGCCAGCAGAUGGAGAGGAUUAAGGAGCUGGAUUCGGAGAUCGAGAGGCGGGAGGCGGAGGUGCAUUUGGACAGAGUGAGUCGGCUCGGCGUGAACUACGUGCAAGACGCGUAUUUAGAGGGAGACCGGUUCUGUGCGCAUCUCGCGCUCCCUGCGUUUGAAGAGUACGUCUGGCAGUGUGAGGAGGUGACCAAACUGCAGAAGGAGCUGCGGGAGCAGGAGGCUCUCAUAGAAGACCUGAGCGCUCAGAUCCAGGAGGACCAGGAUCUCCACUGGAUGAAAGAGGCGGAGAGCGAGCUGGUUUUGGAAGGCGAGAGGAUCAGAACUCAGCUGGAGGCCAGCUGGUACGUCAGCAUGCGCCUUGGAUCCGAUUUAGAAACCAUCAGGAACCUGUUUAAGGCGACCCAGGAGACGUUCAGGGCGAGAGAGGAGGAGGUGCGAGAUUUACAGGAGAAAGUGAACAGUCUGGAGCUGAAGGAGAAGACAGGUGAAGGAGGCACAGGUGUGAACGAUGAUGAUUCUGACACCGGGUUAAGUUCUCUGCACAGUCAGGACUCAGACAGCCAAGCUUGA